AUGAUCCUGCUGUCCUUGUGUAUCUCUUGGAGCAUUAAGUAUAAUUUUCAGUGCUGUUUUAGCUCAUUUCUUAUUGAAAGAGAAAUUGCAGAAGUUAGGAAUAUAUGGAUGCAUUUUACGCAUAGUGGGUUCUAUCUUAAUUGUGCUAGUGAACAUGGCCUUAGUUCCGUGGAAGAAAUCUGGGAAUUAGCAAUACAGCCAGAUAUUACUAUUGGAGCAAAAUCCCAGGAUUUGAUAUCGCUUGGAUCGGGUCGGGUCAUGUAUACAGCUAAUUUGAUAGGGUUCGUGUUGGCUUUUGGGUCGAGCGCUUUCAUCGGAUCCAGUUUCAUCAUCAAGAAAAAGGGCUUACAGAGAGCUGGUGCCUCCGGCUCUCGUGCCAGUUCGGGAGGAUAUAGAUAUUUGCUAGAGCCGCUUUGGUGGAUUGGCAUGGUAACCAUGAUCAUUGGAGAAUUUGCCAAUUUUGUAGCUUACGUUUAUGCUCCUGCUGUUCUUGUUACACCUCUUGGAGCAUUAAGUAUAAUUGUCAGUGCUGUUUUAGCUCAUUUUUUAUUGAAAGAGAAAUUGCGGAAGUUAGGAAUAUUGGGAUGCAUUUUAUGUAUAGUGGGUUCUACCAUAAUUGUGCUUCACGCGCCUGGUGAACAUAGUCUUAGUUCCGUGGAAGAAAUCUGGGUAUUAGCAAUACAGCCAGCUUUUCUUUUGUAUACAGCCUCAGCAGUGGCAGUGACAUUGGUACUGGUGUUGUAUUGUGAACCACGCUAUGGGCAGACAAAUAUAAUGGUUUAUAUUGGCGUUUGUUCUAUAAUUGGAUCCUUAACGGUUAUGAGCAUUAAAGCAGUAGGUAUUGCUAUAAGACUUACAAUAGAGGGCUCAAGCCAGGUGGCCCGCUUCCAAACGUGGGUGUUUGUCAUGGUUGCAGCUAGUUGUGUAACCACUCAGUUAAACUACUUAAACAAGGCUUUGGACACAUUUAACACUGCUGUAGUUUCUCCAAUCUAUUAUGCCAUGUUCACAUCGCUUACAAUUUUUGCCAGUGCCAUAAUGUUCAAGGAUUGGGCUGGUCAGAGUGCUAGCAACAUUGUUUCGGUUCUCUGUGGAUUUAUUACUGUACUUUCGGGUACAAUGGUUUUGCACAGUACAAGAGAUCCAGAAAAGACAGCAACUGCAGAUUAUUCAGCACUACCUCAAAUAUCAUGGCGGGUCCAUGCAAAUGGUGAAAUAUGGAAACAAAAAGACAACGAUGAAUUGCACCCUGAGUUUGUGGCAAUUAUUCGGCAAGAUCAUUUCAAGUAA